GUCAUGUGGAAAUUUAAAUGAAACCCCCGGCUCCAAGUCAUGCCCUGGGAGCCACGCAAUGACCGCCGUGUUGAAACAAGGGAGAACAAUGCCGGCGGUGCCCAUUGUCCGCCUUGACAGACACCAGGAAAGAAGAUGCAACACAGGAGCAACAAGAGGCAAGACGUUCACAUGAAUAAAAGCUCCUAAACACCCUCACGUAACAGCGCGCGGGGCAGACAAACACCCUUGUGCGACUCUCGGCGAAGUAGGAAAACAAACGCUGCGGCACGUAAAAAUACCAGCUGGAGUUUCCUGGCGCGGCGGUGGGACGGACAGGUGAGUGGCGCGGCUGCCGGGCGUACGAAGAGUCCGGACGAGUUCUCCCGCCAAGACUUAGGCGGGGACUCCUCCUGCCUCGCCGCCAGUCGGCACUCCGGCUUCACCUCGCUCGUCACAUCGUCUCCCCGAACUUCCCGGCGCCAUGCAACUUUCAGACUGACGGUGAGCCAACACGCGGCAGGACUCACGCGGCCGAGGACGCAGCAACGAAACAACCUCCUCACGCUAAAUCAUAACCGAGAACAGGUUUACAAAACAACAGAUAAUAACGCCGCUCCUAUACAAGCUAACCUGAAGCUACGUUGAUGAUUGGGAUACUUCCUGCGAAAAACAUCUCGGAACACUUUUAAAAUAUACGAAAAAUCAGAGGCUGAGAAAGUCAAGGCGCAGCGCGUAAUUCCUUCGUGAUAAUUAAGUGAUCAAGGCGAUAAUAUUACCUAACCUAUCGAGUGUCGGGGAGGAAGCGAAGAUAAUUGUGAUUCUUUAGCCGAGUGACUAUACCGUGCGAGGCGUUGGGUGAGGUAAGGCGACACGAUGCUUGCGGCGCGGGUGUUGUGCGUGUGUCUGUGGGCGGCGGCGGCGGCGGCGGAGACGUUUGACCUCACCAUCCUGCACCUGAACGACUUCCACGCCCGCUACGAGCAGACCAACGUGUUCUCUGGCAGGUGUUCGGAGGACGAGGAGGCCAAGAACAGGUGCUACGGCGGCUUUGCCAGGAUCAAGACCGCGGUGGAUCAGGAGCGCGCCCAGAGCCCCAACGUGCUGUACCUCUCCGCCGGGGACUACUUCCAGGGCACGAUAUGGUACACGGUGCACAAGUGGCGCGCCAUGGCCCACUUCCUCAACCUGGUGCCCCACGACGCCAUGUCGUUCGGUAACCACGAGUUCGACGAUGGCUUGCCGGGCGUAGUUCCCUUCCUGGAGAAUGUGUCGUUCCCCGUGCUGGCCGCCAAUCUGGACGACACGCUGGAGCCGUCCAUUCAGGGCAAGUACAAGCGCUCGACCAUCGUGACGCUGUCGGGGCGCCGCGUGGGCAUCGUGGGCUACCUCACCGUGGAGACCCUGAUAAUCGCCAACCCCGGGCGCAUCGACAUCCACGACGAGGUGGUGGCGGUGCGGAAGGAGGCGCGGCGGCUGCGUCGGGAGGAGGGCGUGGACAUCAUCAUCGCCCUGGGCCACGCCGGGUUCGCCAAGGACCUGGAGAUCGCGCGGGACGUGGAGGAAGUGGACGUGGUAGUGGGGGGCCAUACCAACACCUUCCUCUACACAGGGAAGGACCCGUCGACGGAGGAGAGGAUGGGGGACUACCCUUGGGUGGUGACGCAGGCCUCGGGGCGGCGCGUGCCCGUGGUGCAAGCGUACGCCUUCGGGAAGUACCUCGGGCGGCUGGUGGUGAGCUUCGACGAGCGCGGCGAGGCGGUGAGCUGGAGCGGCAACCCUCGCCUCCUGGACAACAGUGUGCCGCAAGACGAAGGCAUCCUGAAGGAGCUAGAGCCGUUCCGUGAGCAGCUGGAGGAGAAGAUGAAGCAGGAGAUCGGGCGGACCUUCGUGUUCCUGGACGGCAACCGGCAAUCGUGUCGCCUGAGGGAGUGCAACCUCGGCAACCUGGAAGCUGACGCCAUUGUUCACGAGAAUGCCAAAUACCCGGACGACCUCAGGUGGGCGCACACCAGCCUGGCGGUGCAGAACGGCGGCGGCAUCCGGGCCUCCGUCAGCCAGCUCGAAAACAACGGCUCGAUCACCAUGGAGGACGUGCUGGCUUUUGCGCCCUUCCAGAACACCAUCGACAUCGUGGAGCUGCGCGGCGUCCACGUCAAGGAAAUGUUUGAAUACUCCGUCCGCAAGUAUGACCCCACGGGCAUGUCGGCGCCGGGAGGAUUCCUGCAGGUGUCCGGAUUCGUGGUGGUGUACGACCUCAACCUGCCGCCGGGCAGCCGCGUGGUGCGCCUGCAGGCCCGCUGCCUCGAGUGUGUGGUGCCGGGCCUCAAGGACGUGAAGGACGACGAGGUGUACCGCGUGGCCAUGCCUUCCUUCCUGGCCAACGGAGGCGACGGCUACACCGUCGUCAGGGACAACAAGAUCAACCACCACCUCACAGGUCUGCUGGACUCGGACGUCUACGUCAACUACCUGUCGCAGAUGUCGCCCAUCUACCAGGGCACCGAGAACCGCAUCCUCUUCAUCGACUCGGAGGAGCUGUGCGCCGGUGAGGGGAACCUGCUGCCCUCCACCACCUCCUACACGACCUCCCACAUCACGGAGGACGGUGGCGGGGCGGCUGGGGCGACGAGGGGCUCCCUAACCCUGGUGGCGGCUUGGGUGGUGUUGGUGGUGGUGGCGGGGGCUGUGCGGGGAACAACACUCUAGCGGUCCGGGAUGGGGGGUGCCUGGCCCCCCUCAGGGCGGGGGCUGGGGCCUUCCCUCCUCAGAGGUCACACAAUGUAUACCAAAAAGACAUGGCCGCCAGCCGCAGUGUCAUGGGCAUUCUUCCUCCAACAGUUAACUCUUCCCUCCCGCGGCGGCGGCGGGGACGGAGGGGCAUCACAUAUCACUGUACAUACCCCACACCAGAGACACGACAGGUGCAAUAGUCAGUGUAGCGACUCUCUCGGCACGAGGCUGCGGGCGGCCACGUGCCCGCCGCCCACACACCUGACCAGACACGCCCGCGAGCGGCAGGACGGGCCGACGCCUGACGCCCACACUGGACGGUGACAGUUCCUGUAGGAUGCCCAGCAGGGAGCAGAGCGCGGCCUCGGCAGGAGACUCGCUGCCUGACCAUUCCGCUACUGAGGACCUUUACCCACACCACUACGUGCAUUAUUAGUCACUACUAUAAGUCAUGAGCGCCACUGUGAGGACACACAAUAAACGUUUCCUCGCUGCUUCCCUC